UAGUAGGGGCAUUGAGUGAAUGUUUGUCUCUGUGAUUCACACCGACAGUGAGCCAGUGACGUUCUCUCGUUGUAAUUUACUCCUACUACUCCCUGCGAGCGUGAACCCCACCAAGGAUUAGCAUUUGGAGAAGCCCCAAGGCCGGCAGAUAACAACACACGGCGGCCGACACCAAUGUGCUGCCACAAACAAAACAAAAACACCCCGAAAUUAGCAGAGCCCCAGGAUUAACCGCACCGCCACCUCCCCUGCCCCCGGCGCGCGCGCACCCGACGCCCCGCCUGCCGCGACGCCGGCGGGCCGCCGCCGUCCCCCCCCCCCCCCCCACAGCCCCCGGCAGCAAUGCCUCUCCCUCCGCCGCCGGCCGCCGGCAGCAGGGGGCGGUGCGUGCUCAGCUUCGCCGCGGCGCGGGACCGCUGCUUCAGCCGCCGCUUCCUCAGGGCGGGACUCCGCCCGCUCGCCAUCCCGCUCCCCGCGGGGCUCGACCCCGCCGAGGCCACCACCACCGUCCACAUCUGGGUGCCGUCCAGGCCGCCGCGGAACCCGCUGCUCCUCCUCCACGGCUUCGGCGCCUCUGCCACCUGGCAGUGGGCGCCCUACCUCCGCCCGCUCAUCGCCGCCGGCUUCGACCCCAUCGUGCCCGACCUCGUCUUCUUCGGCGGCUCCUGCACCCGCCUCCCCGACCGCUCCGACGCCUUCCAGGCGUCCACGAUCAAGGCGGCGAUGGACGCCAUCGGGGUCCCCAGGUUCGGGCUGGUCGGGGUCAGCUACGGCGGCUUCGUGGGCUACCGGAUGGCGGCCAUGUUCCCGGAGGCGGUGGAGAGGGUGGCCAUGAUCUGCGCCGGGGUGUGCCUCGAGGAGAAGGACCUGGCGGAGGGGCUGUUCCCGGUGGCUGGGGUCGGGGAGGCCGCGGCGCUGCUCGUGCCGCGGCGGCCGGAGGAGGUGCGCCGGCUCGUAAGGCUCACCUUCGUGCGACCGCCGCUCAUCAUGCCGUCCUGCCUCCUCUGGGACUACAUCAAGGUGAUGGGCUCGGUCCAUAUCCAGGAGAAGACUGAGCUGCUAUACGCUUUGAUUAACGGGAGACAACUCUCGACUCUACCAAAACUGACUCAGCCGACGCUUAUAAUCUGGGGGGAGCAAGAUCGGGUGUUCCCAAUGGAGCUAGCUCACAGAUUGAAUCGGCAUCUAGAGGGGAAUUCUCGAUUGGUUGUCAUAAAAAAUGCUGGGCACGCAGUCAAUCUUGAGAAGCCCAAAGAGGUGUGCAAGAACAUCAUCGAGUUUUUCAAAGAGCCGGCCGCUGCAGCUGCAAACGGGGACGACAAGGUGUGAAACUUUGCAUCUCUAACCAAGAGACCGAGGCAUGUCAAUCUGCAGAGUUCCACGGCCAAUUUCUGACUAGCUCAAUCCCUGGACAGUUGUAUAGCAUUCUCGAAACACACUUGCACACAAGCGAACACAGAUCCAGAAACUUGAUAUGCUCAGUCAUAUGUUGGCACGGUUCCUGCGGCGUAUCUUGUAAGCUUUUGUUGAUUCUUCUCGCAGGUAUAGAUAGCUUCGCCAAUGGCGGAUAGGUCCCCGCUGGGGCAUCUGCAGAUCUGCUUGUGGCAUGCAAACAAGAACGGAUGUGUUACAUGCCCUCCGCCAUUGUUUGUUGUAGUGCUAGAUUCAUUGCAUUAACGAGCAUGUAGCAGAAAACACUGCAAAACCAAAGUGACUGGAGUGGCAGUGAAAUCCCAGUGUUAUCGCCUGUUCUCGCAUCGCAUAUGCG